CCGACUCCUUAAAAAGGAUGCACGGAGCGCGCGAUAACUAAACUUCACCACCGCAACUCUACGCCCAUCAACCUACACCCCCGACCUUCCUCCUAACCAUGCCGACUUCCACUUGCUUUCCAGGAUCCAAUCCAGGAGAGUGCUUCUGGCAGAAUCAACCCCAUGAAUUACACAACUUUCGGUCCACCGAACAACUACCCGAGCAGUCAGAGGUGGUGAUCAUUGGCGCCGGGUACGCUGGCACGAGCACCGCGUACCACCUGCUUCGCGACCAUGGGGACGCCAUCAAGUCAAUCACCAUUCUGGAAGCGCGAGGGGCCUGCUCCGGGGCGACCGGCCGCAAUGGAGGACACCUCCGUCCGGACUUCUACGGCCACAUUCCGACCUACAUCGACCGGGCGGGCGUCCGCGCGGGCGCAGAGAUCGCGGAGUUCGAGAUCUCCCACCUCCACGCGAUGAAGAAGUUGAUUGAGGAGGAGCAGAUUGACUGCGACUUCACUCUGACGCGCUCCAUCGACGUCUGGUGUAACGAGGAGGCGGCGCAGAAGGCCAAAGCGGUGUAUGAUCGCAUGAGGUCGCUGAACCUGGAUUACAUGAAUGACGUGGUCUUUUACACCGGCAAGGAUGUAGAGGGGAUCUGCGGGGUCAAGGGCGCCAAAGCCUGCGCCUCGUUCACGGCGGGAACGAUGUGGCCAUACAAAUUCAUCCUCCACCUCCUCAAAUCGGCUCUAGCGUCGGGCAAGGUGAACCUGCAGACGUUUACCCCGGCCCAGUCCAUCACCCCCGCACCCCACGGCGGUUUCACCGUCCAGACCCCGCGCGGCAGCCUGCACGCCGCCACCGUCAUCCAUGCCAACAACGCCUACGUCGCGGGCCUGCUGCCCGAAUACGCCAAGAACAUCGUCCCGUGCAAGGGGAUCUGCUGCCGCAUCACCGUGCCCGCGGGCACGACCGCCCCGCUGCUCAACAACUCCUACAUCAACCGCACCGAGGACAACACCCUCUCCUACCUGAUCCCCCGCGCCGACGGGAGCAUCGUCGUCGGCGGGGCCUCGUCCAAGUUCCGGCCCUUCAAGGAGCAAUGGUACAACAACGUCGACGACAGCGAGCUCAUCGACGCCGCCAAGGACUACUACGACGGCUACAUGCAACGCACGUACCGGGGAUGGGAGAACACCGGGGCGAAGGUCGACCAGGUCUGGACGGGCGUCAUGGGGUACUCGUACGAUUCCAACCCGCACAUCGGUGCGGUGCCCGGCAAGGAGGGCCAGUUCAUCCUGGCCGGGUUCAAUGGCCACGGCAUGCCGGUCAUCUGGCGCUCCGCGCAGGAGUUGGCCCGGAUGGUGGUGCAGAAGAUUCCCUUUGAGGAGACGUGCAUGCCUCGUCUGUUCCAGACGUCUCAGUUCCGCAUCGAUCGCGCGAUGAACGGGUCGGAGGACGAUGGGGAUAUUCUCGGCACGGGCAACUUUCCCUCCACUAAGCCUUGAUUUACUCGGGAAGGUGGCUCGAGAAUGGCAUUUGUACAUAUAUUGAAUUUCUUGAAGAUAAUACAACGAGUGACGG